AUGGGCACUCACGCGGUUCAAAAGCAUCCGAAGGGGAGAAAAGACACCCUUAGAAGCCACGUGAUAGCAAUACAUGCCAAUGAUGAACGUUUCAAGUCUAAUAAGGAUCUAUAUACGGGAGGUGUAUCAUACAAAUGCGGAACGUGUAAUAAAGAAUUUAAGAAUCAAAGGGACUUGCGUAUUCAUGAGAGAAUUCAUAAUGACGAAAAACCUUAUCAAUGCGAAUUUUGUGAAAAUAAAUUUCGCCAAAAAUGUCACCUAAAAAGUCACAUGGUGGCAAAGCAUUUCAAUGAUGAACGUUUCAAGGCUAAUAAGGACCUAUAUACUGGAGGUGUAUCAUACAAAUGCGCAAUAUGUAAUAAAGAGUUUAAGAACAAAACACAUUUACAUCUCCAUGAAAUGACUCAUACAGGCGAAAAACCUUAUCAAUGUGAAUUUUGUAAAGAUAAAUUUCGCCGAAAAGAUUACCUAAGAAGUCACGUGAUGGCAAAGCAUUUCAAUGAUGAACGUUUCAAGGCUAAUAAGGACCUGUAUACCCGAAGUGUAUCAUACAAAUGCGCAAUAUGUAAUAAAGAGUUUAAGAACAAAUCACAUUUACAUCUCCAUGAUAUGACUCAUACAGGCGAAAAACCUUAUCAAUGUGAAUUUUGUAAAGAUAAAUUUCGGAUGUGCAGUAGUCUCGCUUUAAGUUUGCCCAAUCUGCACGAACUGAAACCUCUCUCCCGUCCGUGCAGCGUUAAUCCAUUCACAGGCUGCUGUACGCAAGCGAGAAACGACACGCAGGCUCAAUAUUGCAAAACGCCAGUGGAUAACGCUCGAAGCGAUAUUGACCGGUCCUCCAGCGGUGGUACGUGGCGAAACGACUGUUCGGCAGAGGCCGGAAUGAAAAUUUCAGAAGCGGAUGCGCACAACGACACAAUAGAGACCAAGGUACGAAGAAGAAAAAGGAAGAGCGAACGAUUCACUGGUGUGCACACUCUCGUGCCAGCGAUACCUACGAAAAGAGACAGAAAGGGCAUUGAAAAAUAA